GACAUCAGGACAAAGCUUCCGGGACGCAUUUUCCGUUUUAUAUUGGAUCAUGGCGGAAGACCAGAACAACGCUGCCAAGACAGAAGUGGCCGACGAGGUCCGCGCUGCUACGGACACCGUCACCACCGGCGCAUCGGAAAAUACUCAGGCAAGCGCCGACAAGGAGAACAUCGGCGCUAGCUUACCGAAGAAGUCCAAAAUGGACACCGACUUGCACUCCCUACCAACGAGGCAGUAUCUAGACCAGACUGUCGUGCCCAUUCUUCUUCAGGCACUAUCGACGCUUGCCAAGGAGCGGCCCCCCAACCCGAUCGAAUACCUGGCAAGCUACCUGAUGAAGAACAAGUCUCAGUUUGAGCAUGGGAGUCACUCCGUCAACGGGCAGAACUAAAGCCGGGGUGUGGGGACUGGGGAGGGAGAGAUAGUGUUGUGUAUAUUUUUCCUUUAUGUUAUUAUUUACAAGCACGGUGGACGACGACGUCGCUUAUUGCUUUACCUCGCUGCCAGUCUUCUUUCUUUCCUUCUGAUUUUGAAGCAUUUAUUUUACAAAGUGUGGCAAUGCAAGAAGCGAAGCCUGUCUGUUUGAAUCAUGCACUCGCUUCAAGCACCGCAGAAGCAUUGCACUGCCCAUGCGUGACACUCCAACUGCUUUAGAAAAAUUGGGUAAAAGAAAUACAUGGUGCUUUUAAUUGUGCAAGCAUGGAGCUAGUGUAAAGCACACAGCCACUGUGGGCGCACAAUUGUUUAUUGAAGAAGAAAAAAACCUGCCCACGAAAUGUCGCUGGAUGAGGCUUGUUUAUUUUUUUUAGGACAUAAUGUUGAUGUCCUCCUUGUUCACUGCAAAGGGUUAGCAGAUCAUGAAGUUUCGAAGAUAGUUUUGAAGAGAGAAGGGCGGGGGGUAAUGAGGAUAAAAAUGUUGUCAAUAAAAUAAGUUGAAACAAA